AUGCGUAAAACUUUGGUAAAUGCUCUUUUGCUACCUCAUAUCAAUUACUGUGCAGCUGUUUAUCGUGGCAUUGGCUCUGGUGAUGACCUUAAACUUCAGAGGUUGGUAAAUAAAGAAGUCAGGUAUAUUCUGGGUCUGCCCUGGGACUCACCUAUCACCCAAGCCAGAGUAAGUCUAGUUUGGCUCUUUGUUAGCAUGGCCAGAGCACUUGCGGUCUUAAUAAUUGUACGUAUGGCUCUUAUCGAACGUGCACCUUCCUACCUAACUAAACGGUUGGCAGUAUACUCUGCAUCCAGGUUGUUGAGGAAUCAGGCAGACUCUAAUAGAUUGAUCAUACCUAAUCAUCGCACUCAGGCUUACAAAUUCGCAUUUGCUGUUGCAGCUCCAUAUCUUUGGAACGGCUUGCCAGAAGCCCUGAGGUCGAUACGCAAUGCCUCGACGUUUAAAACUGGGUUGACAUCCUGGCUGCGGACGACUGACGAGUCAUGCGCGACAAAAUUCAUUUCAACGUGA